AGCAAUAACUUCGUCUUUCAUGUGCUUCUGAUGUAAUUUAUUUUCUACUCUCUUAAGAUAAGUUGUAAAAGGAUAGACGAGCCCAAACAACCACGAUUUUACUCGCUUACUUGUACAAGAGAAAACAGCCUAAUCGACGUUGCUGCGCUUCUUUUACAGAGCAUCGUUAAUUGUAUAGUUAAAUAAGCAAAAAGGGGACACAAUGAAUAUUUCACUCUUAAUAAUGGCUCUAUGCUGGGCCGUCGUGUCACCUCAGUUAAUACAGUUUUUGGGCGAAAAACCGGGUAGAUUUGCACGCCAGAGGUAUAUACACAGCCGAGUUCAGAUGGCAGCGAAAAAACUCGGCUUUGACGAGUCAAUUGGAGGCUUUGAAAGCAUUGAUUUCAUGGCAAGGGUGGACGAGCACGGCUAUCCUGCCGAGGAGCAUACCGUGACGACGAAAGACGGCUACAAACUACGUAUACACCGAAUUCCUGGCAGUCCGGAUAAACCAAAGGCACCAGGAAAACCAGUCGUUUAUUUUCAGCAUGGAUUAUUCUCAUCUUCAGAUCAAUGGAUUCUCAUGGGCCCGGAGUCUGAUUUCUCGUACAUGUUAGCCGACGCCGGCUAUGAUGUUUGGCUGGGCAAUAUACGUGGAAACACAUACUCCCGCUCGCACGUCAAGCUGUCACCGGACUAUGACGGAGAAUUCUGGAACUUCAGUUACCACGAGAUGGCCCUGUUAGAUGUUACAGCAGUGAUUGACUAUAUAUUACUGAAAACGCAGCAGCCCUCGUUGAUUUACGUGGGCCACUCGAUGGGUGGGGCUAUAAGUACCAUUUUACUAUCCACGAAGCCCGAGUACAACAAAAAAAUUAAACUAGCGAUUGGUUUGGCCCCAGCUGUUUUUUGGUACGCAUCGCCACUUCCACAUGCCGCAAAAGUUGUGAAGAUUAACGGCGAAGCUAUAAAAGAAAUCACCAGUUGGAAACAACAUAAUAUAAUGUCUUUAAAAAAUUUCUUGGUAAAUGCAAGAAUUUAUGAAUUGCUUCCAUUAAGUGCCGCAACUUCAAGAUUAUCGAAAAACGCUUGUAAAACUAAAAGCAUAUUCUUCGAUUACUGUCUGACAGUAAUGAGCUUUGUAAAUGGUAACAAUCCUCGUCAGUUGAACUCUAGCAUAUUGCCGAACGUAGUCACAGCUUUUCCAGCUGGAGCAUCGCGUCAAACGGCUUUUCAUUUCAUACAGAAUAUGCAUUUAGAUGGAGAUAAACAAAGAACAAGGGAAUUUCUAAUGUACGACCACGGGGAGAAGAAAAACUUGAAAAAAUACGGAAAACCAGAGCCACCGUCUUACAACUUGAGCAACAUUGUUGCACCCGUAGCCUUGUUUUAUGGACUUGGUGAUUCCCUCGUAGGAUCUGGGGAUGUGAUUGAAUUGUCAAAAAAACUAAAAAACGUCGUGGCAUUGGUAGAAGUUCCUGACCCAAACUUUGGCCACAUGGACUUUAUAAUGGCCCAAGAUGUGAAAAGUUUAUUGAACGAUCGGCUGUUGGAACUCGUUGAGGACGUGACUAAUAACAAAAUUACAGAAAGAUAGUCUUCAAGAGUAGCUAAGUGCUCGGAGCACGAGUAAAUAUAACAACGUAGUGCCACAUUUGAAAUAUUUAUUAUUUAAGACAUUGGUUGAAUUUAAAUAUUGUAAGAAUUUCAAUAGCGUUUUGUUAUAGUUUAUAUCGUUGUAAAAA